GUCCAGGCCGCGAAUAUUGAAAUAAAUUCACUCGUGUGCCGGUUUUGAUCAGGCAAGGUAGAGCGUUUUUGCAUGGUAUCUGGCGUUCAAGUUCAAGUGUAAUUUAUUACUUCUGGAAAUCUAAGAACCGAGAAGAGAUGGUGGACAAGAGCAUCCUCGAAAUACUUCUGAUAGACUAUCGUUGGAUAGUUGUGCUGGUUUUCCUAUUGCCGGCUUCAUUCUUGUACAAUUUAUUCUACAGUGUUAGAAGUAAAAUCAUAUUCAAGCUUAAUUCUGCGCCCAAAAAUCACGACAUCAAAGUAGCGGCCAUUCAGAAGCAGGUACGAAAAUGGAAAGAAUCGGCAACAGGAGCCAAAAUGUGCACGGCCCGACCAGGAUGGCAAACAAUGAGCUUUCGAAAACCAAUGUACAAGAAAACCUCAUACCAAAUCAACUGCAAUCUUGUUGAUGUCUUGGAUGUCGACACUAAUCGAAAAAUUGUCCGCGUUGAACCACUCGUGAGCAUGGGACAACUUUCGGAAACAUUGGCUGCACUCGGGUGGACUAUACCGAUAGUUCCAGAGUUAGAUGACCUCACCGUGGGAGGCUUGGUGAUGGGAACAGGAGUCGAAUCAAGUUCACACAUAUAUGGCCUGUUCCAACACAUUUGUCUAUCGUACGAGCUGGUGUUGGCGGAUGGAAGUCUAGUAAAGUGUUCUGAAACCGAGAACAGCGACCUAUUCUAUGCCAUACCGUGGUCAUAUGGAACUCUCGGAUUGCUAACUUCAGUCGAAAUUAGAAUAAUACCUGCCACAAAAUACAUUCGACUGCACUAUGAACCAGUUGUUGGACUCCAGAAUAUUGUAAAUAAAUUCGAAGAAGCUUCGCGCAACACAAUAAAGAAUCAAUACGUCGAGGGACUAUUAUAUACUUUGAAUGAAGCCGUGAUCAUGACGGGUGAGAUGGUGGAAGACCGUGAAGUUGAGUUAAACAAAAUCAACGAUAUCGGAAAAUGGUACAAACCAUGGUUUUUUACUCAUGUACGGGAUAUUCUAAAACGCGGGGUCAAAACCUAUGAAUAUGUGCCAUUGCGGGAAUAUUACCACCGUCACUCGAGAGCACUGUUCUGGGAGAUACAGGACAUCGUCCCAUUUGGUAACAAUAUCAUUUUCCGUUAUCUCUUCGGUUGGCUGUUACCAGUCAAAGUGUCACUGCUAAAACUGACUCAAACUGAAACGGUCAAAAAACUUUACGAAAACAACCACAUUAUCCAGGAUUUACUGGUUCCAACUAGCACCAUGAAAAAAUGCUGCGAAGAAUUCGAUCGCCUGGUAAACGUAUAUCCCGUUUGGUUGUGCCCUUUCCUGCUACCGAACAAUCCAGGUAUGGUAAAACCAGCAGUCGGAAUGCAAAGUGACCUCUAUGUCGACAUUGGUGUAUACGGAGUGCCGAAAGAUCGCCGCUUCCACCCGGUAAAAACUACCCGCGCUAUCGAGGAUUUGGUCGAAAAAAGCAAAGGCUUUCAGAUGCUGUACGCCGAUACCUACCGUACUCGAGAGGAAUUCCGGCGGAUGUUUGACCACGGACUAUAUGAUAAGAUGCGCCAAAAGUAUCAGUGCGAAGCGGCAUUCCCUGAAGUUUAUGGUAAAGUUAACAAGAAUGUUCGGGAUUGAUGAAAAGGCAACAGAUGCUUGAUUUAAAAUUGACCUGUGUUAAGCCAUAUUGACCGGAACGCCAAAAUUAUUUCUGAGACCUUUGCGUUCCAAAUUUACUUUUCGCUAUUUUACUAUUACAAUCAAUGAAACAAAUUUCCUUUGAAAUACUGCUGUAGUUCUCAAGAUAAGUUGUUGUUUUCCCUGGCAUAUUAAAACGAUAGCGUUUUUCGGUCAUGUAUUUAAAAUAGAGCUUGAUGCUUUAUCGUUUAACACAGGCCAAAUGUGUUCUAUAUUUUGUCAUUUUUUGAAAUGGCAUCAGUAUGCCAAGUGUUUUGUUUGAUCUUAACAUUAUGAGCUAUUUUAUCUACCUUAUUCCUAAUGUUCUAGCAAAUAUUAAAUUUUUAUAGGAAACAGAUCAUUUGUAAAGACGAAUAAAAACCAUUUGCAUCGUUCAUAACUCGUUCAAACGGACGAAAGAAAUGAAUUACUUCAAAAUACAUAAACUAAAGUUUUCGAUCUUCCAACAGAACAAAAGCACGGUGAAUUCACUAGAAUGAAUAAAUCAUCGAUGAAAAUUAAUUAUGAUCAACCGAACCAAGUACCAUCCAAUUUGAUGAAUUGGUGUCUGGCUUCUAAAAUCCUCUGCUCUAUCCACUAAUUUUAAUGUUAUGUCAUGCCUCCUAAAACUGGUUAUUGAACAAUGUCUUAUGUGCUGUCUUGUGGGGGAUGCAGGGUGUUUAUAAGUUUUACGAUGCUUCUUUUGUGUUUUGUUGUUUUUUAUUCCACUUAGGUAUUAGUAUUUUGUUGUGCCGACUUGGUUUUCUGUUUGAUAAAUGUAAGUAGAUUCAAUAAAUGCUCUGUACCAGUU